CUCAGAUCCUGCCUGUGAUGCUCUGUCAGAGGGCGGACAGUCGCCCUCGGCUCCAUAUCAUCCCCUGGUUUUUGGAUCAUCACCCUCCACCCUCCAUCAUCCUAAUCUCACUCCAUCUCCGGGGAGUUGCUGCUCGACUUUCUCUGCCGCCGAGGAUCGCUUCCCGUUUCCCGGAUCUUUUGUUUCUGGACGGCGGAGUGUGGCUGCGUCUGUGUGCGCGGAAGCAGCAGCAGCUGCAGCAGAUGUGCUGAGUGAUGCAGCUAAUACUGCUCUGACGCCGGAACACCUCCGCGCUCAGGAGAAGGCGGCAGGAAGAAGCAGAUUAACCCGGGAUUAUCGACGCACAAAUGGACACACAGCCAUGCUCCAGGAUUUCUCCUCCACCUGACUGCUGCUCCGAGUGAACUUCCUCGACUGUCACUCUGGUAUCAUGGAAGAGGAGGAGGAGCCGACAGAGACUCCUUGAUUUCCCAACCCCAUGACCCCGCCUCCUUUUGCCUGCUCUUUAAAAAUAACAGAUUGGUAACAAAAAAGACAAGUGCAACAAAAAAAAGGGGAAAAAAAAGGUGGGGAGGGGGUGAGAGCUGCUGUCCCAUGAUAUGUCAACACUUGUAAGAGCAGAAUCCGCCUCACAGAGGGUUGUUUCUAUGGAUACCCAUUCCCUGCCUUGUAUUAAUAAGUCUCACUGAUUUUUCCAAAUCUUUGCAUAUGAAACCGGUGCAGAAAUAGAUGGGGAUAAAAGCAGGAAAGAUGUCAACAAGUUUAUUUCAAUCACGUUGCCUUGCUAGGUCAUGUUUAACAUAACAAGUUAUGUUUAAUUGAUGAAGCAUAAAAAACUCAGUUUGAUACCUGAAUGAAUUAAAAAAAAACAAUAUUUACAUUUUAGAGGAACUUCCAGGCUUUUUCUGCCAUUCUUAACACUUCUGUAGAAUCUUAGUGGAUCCAUGAAAAUAAAGAGAAAACCUGCAGCCGCUCACUAAAGAAAACUCCUGCAAGAUGUGACAAAAACACAGUCGAAUCACAGUCAUUUACUGAAAUUAUUAUUAUUUCCAUGAUGGCCAGCCAAGACACACCUCUCUUUCUCAUUGGCUUUGAGCUCGGCGGUCACUUUGCUGACCCGCGGCCUCUUGGCACAGGAGUUACGGGUCUGGUCCUGUCAGCCACGGACCAGCGUACUGGACAGCGGGUAGCAAUAAAGAAAUUGGUGAUGCGAGAUGCAGUGACAGUUAAGCACGCCCUGCGGGAGGCAAAAAUCACCCAGAGACUGCGCCACGAAAACAUUGUGCGGGUCCACGAGGUUGUGGCGCCAUAUGGACGGCCACUGCCUCUGGACCCAACCCAAAUCGGUGCCCUCUACAUCGUCCAGGAGUGCAUGGAGACGGAUCUGGCUCGGCUGCUGGAGCUUGGACCUCUACCCACAGGUCACGCCACUCUGCUGUUUUACCAGCUGUUGAGGGGGCUGAAGUUCAUCCACUCUGCCAACGUCCUGCACCGAGACCUGAAACCUGCAAACAUUUUCAUCAACACCGACCAACUGCUCCUCAAGAUUGGAGAUUUCGGAUUAGCCAGAAUAGUUGAUCCUCAUUACUCCCAUAAGGGCUAUCUGUCUGAGGGUUUGGUCACUAAAUGGUAUUGCUCUCCCCGCCUCCUCCUGUCCCCCAACAACUACACGAAGGCCAUAGACAUGUGGGCCGCCGGCUGCAUUCUGGCGGAGAUGCUCACUGGACGCACGCUGUUUGCAGGAGCUCACGAGCUGGAGCAGAUGCAGCUGAUCCUCAACACAGUGCCCGUGCAGAGGGAGGAGGACAGACAAGAUCUGCUACAGGUCAUGCCUUCAUACGUCAGUCAUGGAUGGAGAGUCAAGACUCCCGUCUCUGUAUUGCUGCCUGAAGUGGACGCUCAGGCUGUGGAUUUCCUUGAGCGCAUCUUGACCUUUAACCCAAUGGAUCGUCUGACAGCUGAAGCGGCGCUGUCCCACCCUUUCCUUCAGCAGUACUCCUGUCCCGAGGACGAACCCGUUUCAUCGAAUCCCUUCCACAUCGAGGAUGAGCUGGACAGCCUCAUCACUCAGCAGAGCCUGAGCGCCAGCAACAGUCACACCUCCAGCAUCCACUGGGAUCGGUAUGACAACAGCUUAUCAGCUGACCUGUUCUGGCAACAGUCAGCUGACAGGUGUCGCUGCAUCCCCGCCGGUCAAAUUCUAUCUGAUCUGGGAGACAAUUCAGAGAAUGAAGAGGUGCGCCGAGAUCCGCGGGCCAGUUUCAGCUCACUGACAGAGGAGGCUCAGGUUGACCCACGCAAAUACUCUCACAGCAGCUCAGCCGAGCGCUUCCUGGAGAACUCUCACUCCUCUCUGGAAAGAGUUUGUGGCGUCGGUUUGGGGGAGUUGGACUGCGGCCGCUCGUGUGACUACAAAGUGGGAUCUCCUUCAUACCUUGAUAAAAUUGCCUGGCGGGAAGGAAAGCCUCAACACUACUCAGAGCCUAAGCUGAUUCUGGAUCUGUCUCACUGGAAGUGCAAUAAGAGCAACCUGUCGAUGCCUGCUGAGCCCAUUGGUGGCAGCAUGGAGGACCUGGGGGGAAUGAAGGAUAAGGAAGUGAGGAAAGAUGAAGAGGAGGAGAGCGGGAAUCUGUUUCAAGAAAUUUCUCGCUGGGUGGAGAGCACGCAGUGUCGUCUGCACUCUCCUAGUCCCAGUCCUUCAUCGGAGCAGCCCUCCUGCUACACCUCCUCUCCACCGCUCCCGAUCUCUCCCACCGACCUGCCAACACCCGUCUUCCAGUACACAGAGGUUGUGGAGCAUUCAUCAGCUGAAGAUGAACAACUCAGCCCCUUUCCAUCCCUAGCAUCCUCUUACAAUAACAUUCCCUCCCUUUUCCCAUCAUCACCAACAGCUCUUCUCUCUCCAGACUUAACUCAACGACUUUUACCUUCCAACACUUUCCUUUCACAACACAAGGAAUCCCAACCCCUUUCCUCCACCUCCUCCUUAGCUCCGCCCGUAAAGACAGACUCCUUGGAUCCUGUGCCUGUUAAGCAUAAGGAGCGACUGCUUGACCUGGACGCUUUUAUAUCCCGGGCGCUCCAGCUGUGUCGGCAGAAUAAGGAGAAAGCAAAUGGGAAGAACGGACAAGACGCAGGGUGGAUGGAGGAAAGCAAGCAGGCUAGCAUUAAAAGAAAGGUACCCAAACUCCCAGAGCACAGGAACCCACCUCCACAGACCCCCAACUACUGAUGCUGAACUUCACACCCAAAACUGGAUGACAUCAUAGUAUAGCACAAGCAAAGAUCCCUCUGCAUCAAAAAGCUUUUUACUAUCAACCUUUUGGAUUUUUUUAGAUAUCUGGGUAUAAAGAAAUGCCCUCCAAAUAUUAAAAAAUGAGUUUGAUUUGAAUAUAAAUACACUCAAUCAGCAGGUUAUAAUUUACAAACAUUUUCUGUGACACAGAUCGGGUGAGUCUUGAAAUUUUCAAAUCUUUUCAAAGUCUUCCAGUGGUGACAUUGAUGGAAAUAAUGCCAGUUAUGUGUUUUUUUUCCACCCCCCCAAACAGCUCUGAAUGUAUUACUGUACUUAAAAACAGUUUAUGUCACAGUAAACUGUCUGAUUUUUGCUGGUUUAACACGUUAAAAAACCCUAGUUUUGUCACUGUAAACACAGUUUUUUGAGUUGUCACAUCUAACUCCAACAUUUAUCACAAUAUUUGUAAUGCUGUUUUUGUGGUUAGAAUUUUGAUGAAUCAUUUUAAAAAUGCAUUGUGUUUUUCAUUUGUGUCGUUUGAUUAUGAAAUGCAGUCGAUCCCUGUUAAAGGAUCACUUUUGUCUUGUAAAAAUAGGAAGGUCACCCAAGUUUAAACAAAAAAAUCAAAAAAUUGUAGGGUUUUAUUUUGCUUUACUUUAUUUCAUUUUACUCUACUUUAUUUUUUACUUUACUUUAUUUUUACUUUACUUUGAUUUACUUUUGUUUUACUCUGUUUUACUUUAUUUUACUUUACUCUAUUUUAUUUUAUUUUACUUUACCUUAAUUUAUUUUGUUGAUCAAUGCACCAAACAAAUCAACUUGUCUUCUUUUUGUUAUAUAUCCCCCAUAUAUUGAUUUUGUUGUCUUAUUUAGCUGUUAGCAGCAGCUACUAAUGCGAACAACAAUAGUUUAUGGUUUAAGCAUAGAUACUUUAUAGCCAGAAAUAAAUAUAUUUAUGAGUAAAACCUCAAAGUGCUGCCCUGGGUCAACGUCAACAUCAAAAGAUGCUCUGAUCAUUUUUUUUUUUUGUAUCUGACAACUCACAACCAGAUUAACCAGUUAGAGAAAGAGCUAGCAUUAGUGCAUAAGAUGUUCUUAAAAAUGCAUUGUGCUGCCUUUCUACUAUAAAUCUCUCAGUUAAAUAAGUUAGACAUGUAUUCAAAUUGGAAUACUAGAAUUCUAACAUUGAGUAUUGGGGAACGUUAAAAACUGGUGCCAAAAAUUUACUGAAUAUUUUUGUGUUCAGUCCACAACAACUCAAUAGUUUCUUCAGAUAUUUAUUUCAUUUAUUAACAUAUGCACUUAUUACAAAAUUCCUUCUUAAGAUUUGACUGUUUAUAAAAAUGUAACAUUGCUCUAGAAUGAAAGUUCACUUUCAAAAUAUUUGGAUCUAUAAUGCACACUUUAACCUCCUGUACACACACACACGUUAUCAGCAUAUUUUCCUUUAGUGAGCAGCUUCAAAAUAUUACAUAUGUGAGUAGUACAAGUAAAAUCCAUUAGACACCAAGGCUGAAUAUGUGUUUCUUCCUAUUCUAAAGCACUUGUAUCUUCAGCAUAGUAUGCAUAAAUUUAAGCACUGAUUGAAACCCCCAUAACAACUCUGUUUUCUCGUAGGCUUUGACAGUGUUUUUCCUUUAAUAUCUAGGAUAAAAUAAAGAGCAUAUUCUUUCCUCAGAACGGAUGUUCUAUCAAUGAUAACAGAGAAUGUUCCCUGCAUCUGACCUAAUUAAACUAUAUUGCAAGUUUAACUAUUGCAGUAGGCCACAGUUUCAUCCGCAGGUCACUAGCCAGCAAUACCAAUCACCUUGACACUGUAACAUGUUACCACUGAGCCUAAGUUCAUGACCCUGAUUCUGCAAAGCAAUGAUGAAAAUGUGCUCCAUCAUACCUCAGUGUAUCCAGCUUGCUGAAUGUAACAUAUCCAUGUGCCCUUCUUACUGCAUGCAUCUAGACUGCAUCAUCAGUUUGUGCUUCUGACUUUAUUUCUAACAUGAUAGGCUUUUGAGAUCUUUAUUUCAAUGAUUUGUCCUGGGUCAUGACAUCUCUUUUGUAGAGUCAGAUUUUGUGAAAAAACAAUAAAAUGACAUUGAAAACUAGAAAA